AUAAGGAGGCGGCUGCCUCUCUGAUUCAUACCAGCACUAUCAAUCACAGAGAGAGAGAGAGAGAGAGAGAGAGAGAGAGAGAGAGAUGGGAGAAUAUGCUAAUGGAGAGGAGGCCCUGGCAUUACAAGGUCAAGCUCUUGUUUGGAGCUGCAUGUUCAGUUUUGUAGAUUCCAUGGCCCUCAAAUGCGCCGUGGAACUCCGCAUUCCCGACAUUAUACACCGUCACGGCGGACCUAUCUCCCUGUCCCAGAUCACCGCCUCUCUCGCCGACGCUCCUUCUCCCGACCCUACCUCCCUCGCCCGAGUCAUGAGGCUCCUCGUCCGCCGCAACAUCUUCACUGCCCACCACCCCUCCGACAGCGGAGACACCCUCUAUGGCCUCACCCACUCUUCUCGGUGGCUCCUGAGUGACUCUGACUUGAACCUCGCUCCCGCGCUUCUCAUGCAGAACCAUCCCGCCCUUGUGGCUCCCUGGCACUACCUGAGUCAUUGCGUCAGAGAAGGUGGCCCGGCGUUCAAGAAGGCCCAUGGCCGGGAGAUCUGGGAGUUAGCAUCGGAGAGCCCAGAGUUCAACAAGCUGUUCAAUGAUGGGAUGGCGUGUACGGCGAGGAUGGCGAUGAGGGCGGUCGUAUCGGCGUACAAGGAAGGGUUCGAGAGCAUCGGAUCUUUGGUGGAUGUGGGAGGGAACAUCGGAGGGACGGCGUCGGAGAUAGUGAAAGCGUAUCCGCACAUAAAGUGCAUCAACUUCGAUCUGCCUCAUGUGAUCGCCACCGCACCUGAACACGACGGAGUCACCCAUGUCGGAGGAGACAUGUUCCACUCCAUCCCUCCUGCCGAUGCUGUCUUCAUGAAGUGGAUACUGCACGAUUGGAGCGACGAAGAUUGCAUAAAGAUACUGAAGAACUGCAAGAAGGCAAUAGAAGAAGUGAGAGGGAAGGUGAUAAUUGCAGAGUUUGUUCUGAAACCAGAAGGAAGGGACUUGUUCGACGAGACAGGGCUGGUCAUCGAUUUGUUGAUGAUUGCUCAUUCUUCAGGUGGAAAAGAGAGGACCGAAUUGGAGUGGAAGGAUCUACUGCACCGAGCUGGCUUCCCUCGUUAUCGAAUCAUCCAAACACCCUCUUUCUUAUCCAUCAUUGAGGCUUCCCCGUUCUGAGAUCCAUUUACCAGGCCAUUCCAAGUUUCACUCUUGUUUGUCCUAUAUUAUACCAUCACUAUUAUGCAUCAUUUCCCCCUUGUUGCUUCCUGUGUGAAACUUUAGUAUUUAAUGUUUAUGUAUAACGACCAAUUACGUUUAUAAAACUUUGAGACUGAGCAUAUAUGGGCGUGCAAUAUGGACCAUAAAUGUAACAUUAGUGUGGCUGAUCAAACAGAUAUUUUCUAGCUACAAAA